AUGUCUGAGAAAUCGGUCUUUGUCUUCGUGCCAGGCGCAUGGCACGACGCAGACUCAUUCGACGUCGUUCGGGAUCUGAUGCACAAGCGUGGACUUGCAACAGAGGCUAUCUCCACCCCGUCCGUGGGCGCAUCUACUCCAGAUAAGGGGCUGCACGCCGAUAUUGAACAUACUCAUGCCAUCCUCAAAGAGAUGGUAGAAGCCGGCCGCCACAUUGUGUUGGUGAACCACUCCUAUGGCGGGAUGGUCGGCGCUGGGGCUGUCGAGGGCUUGGGGCACGCGCAGCGGUGCAAAGCCGGUCUUCCCGGCGGCGUAAUCAUGGUAGUGUGGAUGGCUGCAUUUGUGACGCCCAAGGGCAAAACGUUAAGGGACAUGCUGGGCGGAGACUUUCCUUCCUGGAUGUUCACCAAGAACCCGGAUGAUGGAUACUACUGGUCCUCCAGCCAAGAGACAAUAUUCUACAACGAUAUGUCUCCAGAAGAGCAGCAGAAGGCGAUUUCCAAAUUGAAACCGCAGACACAGAAGUCGUUCAACGAACCCGCUACGCAUGAACCUUGGCAUGAGAUGCCUAGCAUGUAUCUCUUCUGCGACAAGGAUGGAGCUAUCCCGUUGGCUGUGCAAGAAAACUUUGCGCAAAUUUUGGGCAACCCAGUGACCUACCAUGUCAAUGCAUCUCACUCCGCAUUCCUGAGCGUGCCAGAAAAGGUGAUUGAUGGGUUGGAGAUUGCGUUGGAGGAAUGCCGACAGCAGAGUGGGAUUGCUGUGAACUGA